CAGGCCUUCUGGAGGAAGAAUGGCCUCUUGUCCAUGUCGAUGCUGUCGGUUGCCACCGGGUGCCUCCUGGGGUUCCUGCUGCGGGCGCUGGAGUUGACGGAUCUGGAGAAGCAGUAUUUCUCCUUUCCUGGAGAGCUCCUCAUGAGGAUGUUGAAGAUGCUGAUCCUGCCCUUGAUCACCUCCAGCCUCAUGUCCGGGCUGGCCACCAUGGACUCCAAGGCCUGUGGGAAGAUGGGGUUAAUCACCAUCACCUACUACCUUUGGACAACCUUCCUGGCAGUGACUGUUGGGAUCAUCCUGGUGAUCAGCAUCCACCCUGGAGUAGCUGCCCAGAAGGAUGACUACUCAGUGGGGAAGGUGGUGCUGAGCUCUGCUGAUGCAUUACUGGAUCUGAUCAGAAACAUGUUUCCUUCCAAUCUCAUUGAAGCUUCAUUCCAGCAGUAUCGAACUGUUAUUGUCCCUGUGGUGAAGUCUCCUGGCUUUCCCAAGAUCCCAGGGAAAUCUCUCAGUUUUAUUUACUUUGCACCUGAUGAUAAAAACCCUGAAAUCCAUCAGCCUGUUCUCCUCGAGCUGACACCAUCACCUGAGAUGACCUACAGGACCCUGCCCGGGACCAGCAACGAGAUGAACGUCUUGGGAAUCGUCAUCUUCUCAGCCACCAUAGGACUUCUCCUGGGAAAAAUGGGAGAGCGAGGAAUGCCGCUGGUCAACGUCUGCCAGUGCCUGAACGAAGCAGUUAUGAAAAUCGUCUCCAUCGCAGUCUGGUACUUCCCCUUUGGGAUUGUGUUUCUCAUUGCUGGAAAGAUCCUGGAGAUGGAAGAUCCAGAAGUGAUAGGACAGAAGCUGGGACUAUACGCCCUUACAGUAGUGUCAGGGUUAGUCAUCCACGGACUCGUCCUCUUACCUCUGAUUUUUUUCCUCAUCACCAGGAAAAACCCCUUUGCUUUCAUCCAGGGGAUCCUGCAGGCCUUGCUGAUCGCCUUGGCAACAUCUUCCAGCUCAGCAACCUUGCCCAUCACCCUGAAGUGUCUCCUGGAAAACAACGGGAUCGACCGGCGCGUGGCGCGGUUCGUGCUGCCCGUGGGCGCCACCAUCAACAUGGACGGCACCGCGCUCUACGAGGCGGUCGCUGCCAUCUUCAUCGCCCAGGUCAACGAAUACGACCUGGACUUGGGGCAAAUUGUAACCAUCAGCAUAACAGCAACAGCAGCCAGCAUUGGGGCAGCUGGGAUCCCCCAGUCGGGGCUGGUGACCAUGGUGAUCGUGCUGACCUCGGUGGGGCUGCCCACGGACGACAUCACCCUCAUCGUCGCCGUCGACUGGGCCCUGGACCGGUUCCGAACCAUGACCAACGUCCUGGGGGACGCUCUGGCUGCUGGAAUCAUCGCGCACGUCUGCGAGAAAGACUUUGCCCCAAAGCCCCCCGUGCAAGGUGCCGGCAGCAGCGCAGACAAGUGCCCCUCUGUAGAGACCUCCCACCUGCAUCCCAAAGAUAACGUGAUUGAAAUGAUUGAAGAAACUUUGUUGGAUCCAACAGCUCAUUAUAACAUCUGUCAGGUGUAG